UUCUACUUACAAUUCUAAUAUUUAUAAAGAAGUUGAUGAAUUAUAUAUAAAAUUAAUGUAUUUGAAAAACUAUAAAUGUAUAAUUAUAGUAUUGCAGCAACAAUUGCAAGAACAAAAAAAUAAAGAGCUUCUUAUGAUCACAAAGUUUCAAUGA